UCUGCCGGGUAAACGGAGUACCCGUACGGCCGUUUAUCGCGAGUAUUAUUACCGUGCAAUUUGUCGGGACGUGGGCGAAACCCGCAGCGACGACGUAUUGCGUGUCUCCCGGUACAAUCUUCGCGCGGCGGCCGCCGCCUCGGUCACCGUACACCGUAUUACAGUGUUAUCAUUGAGUGUGCGUCGGUUUUUUUUGUUUUUUCCGGACCCGGAUUUAAAUCGUUGACGUCGGUCGAGAUCUGUGUAAAGGAGAUUUCGUAUUACAUUGACGGUUUUGCGUGGAGAUGAAACGAGGAGUUUAAACGUUUCGUUUUUCUCUUCCGAACUACGUAGAAAAACGCCGAGAACCGAAUGGUUGUUUCGAUUGUCGGUUUCGACAUUCAAAGCCGAAUCGACCGAAUUACCGGACUCGAAGGCCGCCGCGAGAACGUCGUCUGCGGUCGUAUGCGCGGGUGUUUGCGCGCGGUGAUAUUGCCGAUUCUCUCGAUUCACUUGCGCGCGUACCUAUGCGGUAGAAAAAAUAAAAACACCGACAAAUCGUAUCGUACCUCGCCCGUCAGUAAACGCCGAGCCGGACGAAGUGCGCCCGCGACACGAAUGCGCAAACAACGUUCCUGUGCACCUUUGCGUUUGACAAUUGCGGCCGGACCGCAGACGGCGCGUUGUCCGGCCGCGCCGGACGAAAUGCCGCCGCGGACGGUCGUCCGGUUUUCGGCGCUGCCCGGAUGCGAUCGCGCGCAACCGUACCGCGGUUACCGUGCCGCGUCGUAUCGUUCGAAAUGGAAACGCCGAGCUGCGCCGCCGACGUCCGCGGCUCGAUUCAAGUCGAAACGCCCGUUUUCGGCCGGUACCACCGCGCGGUUCCCCGACGCAGCGUUUCGCGCCCCCUCCCCCCCCCCAAAACGACAACGGGCGUCCGGCCGCGAAAACCGUUUUCGCGUUUCGCCUUUUUCUCGACGGUUUUCGCGUUUCGCCGGCACGCGCGUUCCGUUUUCGUUCAAACCGUUUUUACGCGAGCCGUACGCGCGCGAGAACCCAAUCAGGCCGAUCGCGGCGAUCAGAACGGUAUCGGGGUCUCCGGAACCCGACGUCAACGGCGUUAGGUCGGCUUUGGCAUUUUUCGGCGCAUCCGCAAUGGUUUCACAUGCGGAAUGCACGUGA